AUGGCAGAACACCCUUCCUUCACACUCGCAGGUCUGCUCGCCGUCGGAGGCACAGCAGGCUAUCUCCGAACCCGCUCAACACCCAGCCUUGUUGCUGGGAUCGGAUUGGGAGCCAGUUACGCUUUAGCAGGCUACCGCAUCAAGCAAAACCAAGACUACGGCACGGAACUUGCGCUGGGAAAUAGUAUCAUGUUGACUGGAUCGGCGGUUCCGAGGAUUAUUAAAACGGGGGGACGCGCGCCGGUGCCGAUUGCGCUGGGGGUUACGGGUGCGCUUGCGACGUGGUAUUAUCAGAAGAAGGUUAGGGAGUUUAGGUAUGGGGUGUAG